AAUUACGUACAUUCUGAAUGAACAACUGAACAUGCUGAAUUCCAGCUGGAAUAUUCGAAUUCAAAAUAUUGAUUGAAUUUUUUUUUUACAAAAUGUCAAUAAUGUUACGGAUAACUAAUUUUACAUCGAAAAUGUCAUUGAUUACGAAACGAUAUCGUAAUUUUACAUUACUGCCUGAACGUUUAAAAGGUGGAAUAAUUGAAAAUUCUAUCAAUUAUUUACGUAACGUUGGUAAUGAUUAUAAAAAUGUUUAUUUGGAAACCAUUCAAGAUAUUCGUAAACGUCCAUUAAAAGCUUCAAUUAUUGGUGCAAUUUUAAUAUCCGGUGGUUAUUGUAUCCAACAUAAUCCUUCAUUUGAUGAUUUUCAAACGCAAUUAAUCGAUUCAAAUAAUCGUCUUUCACGUGUUCCACAAUCGAUACGUAAUCAAACAUCUUGUCAAUAUGUUCAUCGUUUGUUUCGUAUGAAUGAUAAACAAUUAUUACGACAUCAAUCAUUCGGUUUAUUCUCAAUCAUUUACAUUUCCAAUCAUUCAUCUGGAAAUUCUUUAUUUCAAUAUCAAUGUAAAUAUUUGAAACCGGAAUGGCGUACCACCAUUUCUCAACGAAUUAUUGAUAUAGGUUUCAUUGAUCGAUUUCAUUUUCUGUAUCAUAAAAUGAACGAUUAUGAUGUUAAUCAUAAAGAAUUUGAUAAAUUAAUUGAAUAAAAAAUUUAUUGUAUUAAAUAUUUUUAAAUAAUUAUCA